CAUAGUAUACUUGUAGGCGUCUACGCACACUCAUUGAGCUCUAUGUAGAAGUGCAAGCAGCAAUUCAUCUGCUUGGAGCUAUUUGCGUCAUGUACCAAACUAAGGGCUUAUUUAUUCACGAUAUAACCGCGAAUAUUGUGACGCGGUAAUCGGCGCGCGGGCACGGCCCCAUCGAUGGCGGCGAGCUCUCACAGUGCAUAAAUAGUGAUGCGAAGCGUCGGCGCACCGAGUAAUUCGAAUAAAUACCUCGAUACAAUCGGCUCACCGUUUAACGAGAGAGCCUUUUCCGCGCCGCGGUGAGCCGUUUAGCGAAUUUCAAUAGUUAUCACGCGGAGAAAAACUCGCUCGACGAGAGGGACGGGCGCAAGCGGCGAGACCAGCGCGAGCGGGACGGACUUAAUAAGAAAGAAAUAAUAAAAAAGCGGUUGUGUGUGCGUGGUCGGAGUGUGGUGGCAUAGGGCGGCGAUGCAGGCCCCUCCCUGUGGCGCGCCGCCUGCCGCCUGCCGCCGCCUCAGUCGAGUCGACAGCGCGCCGAGUCGCACCGGUCCGCUCUACCCGCGUCCAGAGCGCGCGUAAAAAGUUUCAACACAUUGUACGAAACUUGCAUUCAGUAGUAACGUUACCGAACUGCGAAGCGAUCAUUGAUUCUAGCGUUGUUCUCUAAAACAAUAGCUUAAAAGUUUGUGUUAUUUAUUUUAUUCGAAAAUAAUUGUGAUUUUUGCGGUCCCUUUAAAACUUCAAGAUACCUACUUAUUUUUCUUACAAAGUAAAGUAACUUCAAGUAUUCUUUCGUCAAUUCUAUUCCAAAGCUAAGCUGAACAGUAUCAAUAGUUUCCUGAAGCGAGUGCAUAAACGAGCUGCAGAAUUUCCACUUUGAAGUUGCAAAGAUUAUGCACUGGAACAUCGAUGGGAUGUUCGGACGGUGACAACGAGUGGUCGACUGGAGGCAGACUGGGGUCGCAGGCAAUCAACUUGAUGCUGCUGCAAGGCGAGGGUCGCGAGCGGCCGGGGCCCGCCAUGGACGAGGAGUGUAGCGCGCGGCCCUGCGCCACCGACUUCUCCAUCGCUGCCAUCAUGGCCAGGGACCGUCAGGAGCGCAGGGAGAGGCGGAGGCACAGGGACCCCAGGGAAGACACGCUCAUGCCUUUAGAAAAGUUCGUGGACGCGACAGCUUCGGCUUCGGGGUCUCCGUCCCCGCCUCUCGCGGAGUACGAGCGAGACUCCCCCGUGGAUGUGUCGUCAACGUCAGAAGCAGGGUCCGCCAGUGGAGCCCCGAGCGGCUCCCGGCCACUCUCGCCUCCUCCCAGGAACCCACAGCUCGUGGAGCGAUGGUCCAGUGAGGAGAUGCGACACAUACAGUGCCACCUCGAGACUAAAGAGCUUUGGGACAAGUUUAACGAAUUAGGAACAGAAAUGAUUAUCACUAAAACUGGAAGACGCAUGUUCCCGACGGUGCGCGUGUCGUUCGCGGGGUGCCGCGGCGACGCGCGCUACGCCGUGCUGCUGGACGUGGUGCCAGUGGACGGCAAGCGCUACCGCUACGCCUACCACCGCUCCUCGUGGCUCGUGGCUGGCAAGGCGGACCCGCCCGCGCCCGCGCGCCUCUACCCGCACCCCGACUCGCCCUUCUCCGGCGACCAGCUGCGCAAGCAGGUCGUCUCCUUCGAGAAGGUCAAGCUCACCAACAACGAGAUGGACAAGAACGGACAGCUGGUCCUGAACUCAAUGCACAAAUACCAACCGCGCAUUCACCUGGUGUUACGGCGAGAAGGAGCCAUCAACGCACCCAUCACAGACUUAGAACAAGAAGAAUUCAAGACGUUCAUAUUCCCCGAGUGCGUGUUCACAGCCGUCACCGCGUAUCAGAAUCAACUCAUCACGAAACUGAAAAUCGACAGUAAUCCAUUCGCUAAAGGAUUCCGCGACUCUUCACGUCUCACCGAGUUCGAAAGGGAAACGAUGGAGUCAAUGCUGGCGGAGCAGCAUUUCCUACGCUCACCAUUGCGGCCCUUCGACUUGGACCAGCACAAUAACAACUUAACGCUAGAAGAGAAAGCGAUCCUGGCGGCGCGGUCACAGCUGUUCCUCCGUGCCGCUUACCCUCUGUACGGCGUGCCGGCGGCUGCGCUGUGGGGGCAGUGGGCGUGCUUGGCGCCGCAGCUUCUGGCGCAGCAGCACCUCGCUGCGUCGGGCUCCGGGCUACAGCUGCCGCGGCCGGUGUACCCGGGCGCCCUGGGCGCGGCGGGCGCGGGCCCGCAGCCGCUGGCGCAGCACCGCUUCUCACCGUACCCAGCGCGGCGAGCAUCGCCCGGCUCGUCGCCGGACUCGCUGCGCGACGCCAGCCCGCACCCCUCGCCGCUGCACCCGCCGCACCCCCCGCACACCCCGCACGCGCCGCAUCCGCCCCACAGCCCCACUUAGUGAUAAAACGCCGAAUAAAAACCUCCCCGAGAUCUCCCUGUAAUAAUAUGCGAUAUUGUAUGAGAGUCUUUAUAUGGAAUGUUUUCCGAGAGAACACAAAAGGAAAUUUGAAGUGCGUCGGUGUUUCGCUGCGAAACGAGAUGGCGUCGUGAACUUCGAUAAUUUUAUGCGCCGAGAAGUGAAUAAACUGAGUGCGAGUGCGUGGAGAACAUUUAGAAGUACGUCUGGAGUCGUGAGCGUCGGAGCACCGCGCGCUUUCCCGCUGCUGUUACUCACUCUGUGAAAACUUGUAUUAUAUUGUAAAAUAUUAUUUAACUGUACUUUAACUCUGUAAUUAUUGUUAUAUGUUCCUAAUAGUUUUGUCUCGUAGUGAUGGUUUCUGCUAAAUUCAUGUUAUAGCAAAGUAGAGUUUAUUGCAUAAAAUGAGGCAUUUAAUUGCUGUGUAUAUUAUGUUUGAUAUUUUCGGACAAUUUGAAAAGAAAUAAGAACAUAACGGAAUGAGUCGAUGUUGUAAAUCUUAGUGGCUCAAUGGUAUUCGACUGUGUUUGGCUGAUUUCAUCUUGUUUAGGUAAAAUGUGCAAUACAACAGAGAAAAAUGUUUUAGUGAAACUUAGAAGUUAGUAAGAUAGAUGUAUCGAUAUUAAAUAGUAGAAAUUAUAUUGCUGUCUAUGUUUAAAAUUAAUUCCUACAUCCGACUACAAACGGAUGCAUAGAUGUACCUAAAUGGUUAAUUUGUAGUUAAAUUAUAGUUAUUAUAAAUAAUAUAUUGCUAAAGAAAAAAUUAAA